CACCGGCCUUCGGUCCGGCACAGCUGACUGCCAGGGGAAGGGGAAAGGCUCCAAUGGAACAAGGCCCCGGGAUUUAUUUCCUAGCGAGAUAGUGCGGGGCCCCGGGUUAUUCCGCGGAUGAUCUGUGAGCCCUUUAAACAUGAUUUGGGCGGGGCUUUGGAAAUCGGGGGCGGGAUUUGGCUGUUUUCCCGUGGGGGCGGGACUAUUUUUGCAAUGGUGAGCGCGCGCAUGUGGGUGGGGCUAAGCUUCUCAGACACCCCCCCCUCCCCCGGAACCUGCUGUUGGAGAUGAUGUCAUGCAGAACACCUAAAGUACAAGCGCUGACUUUGCCAUUAGUACAUUGUGACUAAAAAUAUUCGGAUGUUUUUUUAAAAAAAGGAUAAAGCAGCUUGGUGGCAUUUGGAUUCUGCUGAAUUAGAUACCAACAGUGACUAAGACAGACGCUUCUGCAAAUGUUCUUUAUGCAUAUGCGGUUACAGCAAUAAGCUCGCACCAUACUGGCCCUGAUAGCCUGUGCAGAAGACCAAAGAUGGGCCAAUACCUCUAAAGACUAUGGUGUUUCUAGACUGCCUGUCUCCAUGUUUCAUACUGAACAAAAGAGAAGAUUGAAACUCACUGGCUACUAUCAACUUCACAUUGUAUCACAGUGGUCUCCCCAAUCCAAACCAGACUGGGUGGGCCUCAGAAGUGUUGACCCAGUGGUAAUGUGAUCAAAACUGGUUUUCGGGACUGCACCCUUAUUAUCCAGGACUCAGCAGAUCCAUCAGACCAAUCAGGUCAUCAGCCAGUCUGAGAAGCAGACUCUGAAACUAGCUGCAAGUCAUCAAACAGCCAAAGUACUUAACCUGUUGCAGUUUCAAAGCUCAUCUGGGAACCCGACGUCCUAGAUACUUUACUGCAAGAAAUCUCAAAACCUGCUGUGACCCUUACAAGACCCUUACUUCAACUUAAAAUCAUCAAAUCCAUUCGAGCAACUUGCCACAUGGAAGACUUGUAAAUCAGAGACUGAAUUAACUGUAAUCUGUAAAUCUGUACCAUUUUUAUUUGUAUUCGGUUUUUGUGUGUGCGUGAGUGAGACAGUGCAUGUGACGUUGUUUAUUCAGUAAGUUUGAGGCAAAUAAGUAACUAUUUUAAACUCUCAAAAGCUUACUGCUGUAUUUGGAAUGCUCACUCCAAAGGUCUGUUGAAGGAACAUGGCUCAAGAAACCAAUCAGACUCAAGUGCCUAUGCUGUGUACCACUGGCUGUGGAUUUUAUGGGAACCCGCGAACGAAUGGCAUGUGUUCUGUUUGCUAUAAGGAUUUUCUUCAAAGGCAAAACAAUAAUGGCAGAAUCAGUCCAGGGUCAGACUUGACUGGAAGAGGAGAAGGUAACAAUCAGUCAACCAGGAGAACGGUGGUUGAUUAUUCAGGAGAAUGUAAUAUCUACACAGUCAUGGAGUCAACAGGAAAGACUAAGUUUGCAUCUCCCAAUUUGAGUAGUUUAACUGAAGUGUAUCCUGUUCAAUGCACAGAAGAGAAUCUCCCAGAAAUACCAUCAUCUUUCUCCUCCUCCUCUACAUCUGGCCAAUCAAGUCCACAACCAGUAAUGGGAAGAGGGAAAAGGGGAAGAAAGCAAAGAGAGAAGAAGGGAAGAUCUAUUAAAAGAGAGGGAAGAAAGGGAAGGAAGAGAUCAGUUUCCAAUCAGCUGCUGCUACUAUCCCAUGAAUCAGUACCAAAUCCCCAGAGCGAUGGGGACCAUACAGAAGAUAACCAAGAAAUGACUAAAAAAGAUUUGCAGGCUUCCACAUCCGAAGAAAUUGCACAGACUUCUUCUGAUGGACAGGACAAGUCCCCUGAAAAACCCAAGCAGAAGAAGAAUCGUUGUUUUACCUGCCGAAAGAAAGUGGGACUUACAGGAUUUGAUUGCAGAUGUGGAAACUUGUUCUGUGGAUUACAUCGUUAUUCUGAUAAGCACAGUUGUCCUUAUGAUUACAAAGCUGACGCUGCUGAAAAAAUAAGGAAAGAAAAUCCUGUUGUAGUUGGAGAGAAGAUCCAGAAGAUUUGAACUGCUACUUACAUUAAAUUUUUUCUUUUAAACCACGUGAACCUAAUUAAACAGCGGAGAGGAUAAGCUGAGCUUUGUAGUUCAUUCUGGGAGAUUGGAGCAUUGUACUUGCUUGCAUAGAUCUUUAAAUCAUGCAUGCUAUGAACAAUAGAAUUUGAGAACAGACUGAAAAGUUCUUUCACUUUCCUUUGAAUAUUUUGUGGUUGGAAAAUUACGGCAUAUUUAGGAGCAAGUCCAUUUGCAACCAUUUUAAUCUUAGUUAAGUGUCGGGCUCUUUUUUUUAAAAAGUAGAAGCGUUGGAGGGCAACAUUUUUCCAAUAUUACGUGCAUGUCUCAAAUUUUGCGUUUCUUCCUUUGUUUAUGUGGCCUUUCUCAGCAGCACGAUCUUCUAACAAGGCAGUGUCACAAACAGGCCCAUCAAUAACUGUGCUCUAAUCACUGCUCUGUUCCAUUCAUGAGAAGGCCCCAUGUAUUGGCAUCAUAGCUUGUUCGCUGCUCCAUCUCAUGAAUUAUUUAUGUACUUAAACAAGUGUAUGCAGUUUAUGAUUUUAUUGUAUGUAUCCUGAAUGGAAAAGCCUAUAUGCACAUCAAUGCUGACUACAAGUUUAAUCAGAAAAUACGUUAAUGCUUAACUCUAAGCAUACAUGAAACACAAGAUGGUAAUCGUGCUGUAUUUAUGUUAGUUUAUUCACUGUCUUAAUUUUGAUUAAAUAAAGUUAUAAAGGAAAACUACUGAUUGUUUAAAAAAAAUUUAUAGUAGAGUUAGUGGAGAACUCCUAUCUGUGCCUUGAAAUAAAAUGGGACUGUUGCUUGAUAGUACAGAACUUGAAUAUUGCUGAAAAGAGACAAGUUGCUGAAGCUUUUCAUCUUGCACUUUUCAGGGCCAACACAAAAGUGCCAAAUUUCAAAUGAUCACAACAAUUUAUAUUACAAGAGUAAAGGGUGCUGAUUGGCUGGCAAGUAGACUCUGAUUGGCCAAAGGAUUGUAUUGUGGCAUACCCAGGGAUCUGCUGUCUGCAAACAAAAAGAAUGUGUUCAAGUCUUGCGCCUUUUUUGAAUUAUCCAGGACUUGGGGAGCCUAGAGUCUCCCCUUGCUUUCUCCAUGGCAAUGUUUUGACCAAUCAGUCAACUUGCCAACCAAUCAGAUCCUUUUCUACUGUAAUAUUGUUAUGAUUGUUUGCAACUUGGUACUCCUGCGGUUGUCCUGAUGAUUGUAAGAUGAAAAACUUUGGCAACAUGUCUCCCUUUUCAGCAAUAUUCAAAUAUGGGACUCUGGUCAAAAUAUUCUAUUCUCACCCCAUGCUGCCCUCCAUUUAGCUGAAGGUAUUUCUAAUUACUUUUAUAUGUGAGUACACUUUACUGGGUACUAAAACUUGCAGAUUGUAUAACACUGUCGGAACCAUGCAUACAGUUUUUCAUCUCCUGUCACUAAAUUUUGCAAAUGUUGACCUGUAGGUAAUGCUACUGGCACAACUAAAUGCAUUUCACAUUGAUACAUAUUUAAAGAGGAUUGUAUUUUAAAGUGGUAAUGUUAGUUUCUCAGAAACAAUAUUUUUGCCAAAUGUUCUUUGUCGUAUGGAGUGAUUCAGUUUUAAGCACUGCAGUUUCCCUCACUAAUUCUUUACAAUGCAUUUUUUAUGACUAGUUGUUACUGAAUCUUCAAACAAUUAUGGGGAGAAGUGUGGCUUUGUUCUUUGUAUUCUUGUUAGAAACCUUGACCUGUAAGCACUAGAGCAGUUGGCUGUGCAACAUUUGUUUUCAGAGAACUGAAUUAAAAACAUGAAUCAAACGUGCAACGUUGGAAGGAAGUAAUGACAAUGGAGUUAUUUUUUUCAGGUGGUAGUGUUGACUUGGAGCUGCAGCAGUGAUUCAAAGUAGAAGUAUACUUGAACAAACUUUAACAGCAAGUUGGAAGCAGCAGGAACAUUUUUUUUCUCUGCCCUGUUAAUACCAACUCGCGUUUAGGUAUGUCAUCAGCAAUAGUUACCUGGUAUCUGUGCCUAUUAUUGUCUCAUAACCCUGGAGCAGUAAAUAUUGUAAGCUUUUUUGUGUGUAGCGGCCAUAACAGCCAAGCUGGUUCUUGCACUGCAUCCACAUGUGCAUCUUGCAGCUGAAGUAUGAGUGGGAGCCUCGCCCUGCACUUCCUCAAGCUCCACAUAGGUAUUCUAAUUCAAGCAUCCCAUAUACAGAAAACACUUCGAUGGGGGACAAAUGUUAAUUGAACCUAUGCCGUGCUAAAGCAAAGCAAAACCUUUUCAAACAAAUAUUUGUUUGUGAAAGCACAGGUGUUUUGUACCAUCAGGGUAACCUUUAGGACAGUGUACUGGUGAAGUGGGUUUUUGCUGUAUUCUGGAAAAUAUAUCAAAUUAUUGUCAUUCUAACAUUUUACUGCAGCAUAGGGAAUAAGGUCUCAGAUCAGUAAAUCACUGUGGUGAUUUGUAGCCUCUGUACUGCCUGGUUACAAUUCAGCUCUGAAGGCUAGAAGAGCAUCAUUGUCUGUACAUGCUUGCAUCCAAGUCAGUAAAGUUCAAAUGCACUAAAAGGGUUCAGGUUCUCAAAACCUCCUUGAAAUAUGUUCUGUUUUGGUCAGUGUUCAAAUCUGAAAGAACCCUCUUGUCCAAGCACGUCAUGAGCUUGAUAUGACAUUGAAACAUUAAGCCUGAUUCAAGUUUAAGGUCUUGGUUUUAGCUUCAUGACACAAAUAUAACUGCCAUUGAACAAUUUCCUAAAUUAUAGUUUUUUUUGGUUUUAUUAAAUUUAUUUUCUGGCAUACCAAAUGGUGCUUCCACAAAUAAGGAUAACUGCAUUUCAUGGAAAUUAACAUGUUUUGUUUCAGUUGGGUAUCAUUUGAUCCGAAUAUCGAUAACUUGUAUGCGUUUUGAAAGAUCCUCAUUGUCUAAACAGCUAUCUUCCAUAAUCAUUGAAUGUAUCCAAUUAUUCUGCAGUCAGUUUCAACUAGAAGGUGGGUAUGAGUGUGAUUGUAUUUUGUAAACUUUCACUUUCCAAAAAUGUGACUAUCUGACUAUGAUUUCUGUAUUAUAUUUUUAUAUGAUUGUAGAUAGGGUUAAUGUAUUUUAGAAAUUACUAUUAUAGUCACAGUCUUCCUAUUAAAUUUCAAAUUGGAGACCAGAGCCCAUCUACUUACAGAAUACAGGAGCUUGGUUUUAGCAGCUAAUCUAUUGCUCAUUUUAAAGGACAAUGGAUAUCUGCCAAUAUUUGGAGUUGACAUUUCAAUCUGAGGAAUAGUUUCUGUUGCUGGCAAAUAUGUAAAUUGACGGGCUCUAUUUGUUCUCUAAAUGGCUGUGCCAUAAGGGAGCUUUAUUCUAAGAGAAUUGAGAAUAUCAAAAGAAAAUUGGGCCAUCUGAUGGUUAGGGUCUACUGGUUCACACUUUAUUUACCUACAAGCUGCAAAUGAUUGAUAUCCGUUGAUCAUUGAGAAGAAUCGGUAAAAUUAAGCAUUGCCUCAACCGGUGUAGGUGAUUAGUAAGCUUUGUGUGAUUAUCUAUUUCCCAUUAAUGUCUAACAGAUACUCAGUUGAAAGCUACUGUAACGAACAAAAGGAAUUUGGGCUUUGCAGGCAUUUAUGUAUUGUGUAAGACAAGUAUUGUACUAGUUUCUUGCUGUGUCUUUCUGCUUCUGUAUAAUACUUGUAAAUAAAUUUGAUUUAGUUUUAGCCUUA